GGCCUUCCGCCCUGAGGGAAUCCUGCUUGGCGGGCGGAGAAGGGACAGGUCUUCGCAGCAAUACGGGUACAGGAGUCCACGCGCGUACUUUGCCCGAAGCGCUAAGCCGACCUGGCGCAACUUUCCCGCCUCCGUCGGGCGGGCUCCUGCGCCUGCGCCUGCGCCGUACUGGCCGCGCCUGGCGUGCUCUCGGACGGGCGCCUGUGGGCUGAACGCUGGGCGCCUGGAGCCUAGCUGGUUCUCCCCCUCGGCCGUGGGAAAGGCGGGGCAGUGUGAGCCCUGAGGCAGGAUUAAUGGUCUCUGGGAAAGUCCUUCGAUGUUUACAGCUGACCAGUGAGGGUUGGGCGUUUGCUUUGGGAAUUAUGAGAACGCAAGUGAAAGACCCUGGCCAGAUGGGCUCUGAUUUUCAGUUUGAAUCUAGGAGGCAUAUCAAUGGUGGUUCUGAAUGGCUAUGAUAUAAUAAAGGAAUGCCUUGUUCAUCAAAGUGAAAUUUUUGCAGACAGACCAUGCCUGCCUUUAUUCAUGAAGAUGACUAAAAUGGGAGGGUUACUGAAUUCCAGAUACGGUCGAGGAUGGAUUGAUCACCGAAGAUUAGCCGUAAACAGUUUUCGAUAUUUUGGAUGUGGCCAAAAAUCUUUUAAAUUUAAGAUCUUAGAAGAAACCAAUUUUUUCAUUGAUGCUAUUGAAACAUACAAAGGUAGACCUUUUGACUUUAAACACUUAGUAACUAAUGCUAUUUCAAAUAUAACUAAUCGGAUCAUUUUUGGAGAAAGAUUCGCUUAUGAAGACACUGAUUUUCAGCACAUGAUCGAGUUAUUUAGUGAAAAUGUGGAACUAGCUGCCAGUGCCUCCAUCUUCCUGUAUAAUGCCUUUCCAUGGAUUGGCAUCUUGCCUUUUGGAAAACAUCACCAGCUGUUUAAAAAUGCAGCUGUGGUCUCUGAUUUUCUCUCCAGACUUAUUGAAAAAGCUUCAGUCAACAGAAAGCCUCAGUUACCUCGGCAUUUUGUUGAUGCUUAUUUAGACGAGAUGGAUCAAGGUAAAAAUGACCCAUCCUCUACUUUCUCCAAAGAAAACCUAAUUUUCUCGGUGGGUGAACUCAUCAUUGCUGGAACUGAAACUACAACCAAUGUUCUACGCUGGGCAAUUCUUUUCAUGGCCCUUUAUCCCAACAUUCAAGGACAGGUUUGGAAAGAGAUUGAUUUAAUAAUGGGCCCAAAUAGACAGCCUUCUUGGGAUGACAAAUGCAAAAUGCCAUAUACUGAAGCAGUUUUGCAUGAAGUUUUAAGAUUCUGUAAUAUAGUCCCAUUAGGGAUUUUCCAUGCAACCUCUGAAGAUGCAGUUGUACGUGGUUAUUCCAUUCCAAAAGGCACAACAGUAAUUACAAAUCUUUAUUCUGCACAUUUUGAUGAAAAGUACUGGAGAGACCCAGAAGUGUUCUAUCCUGAACGAUUUCUGGACAGCAGUGGAGAUUUUGUCAAAAAGGAAGCUUUGGUUCCUUUUUCCUUAGGGCGAAGACACUGUCUUGGAGAACAGCUGGCUCGAAUGGAAAUGUUCCUGUUUUUCACAGCAUUGCUUCAGCGGUUUCAUUUGCAUUUUCCGCAAGACCUAGUUCCAAAUCUGAUGCCCAGGUUAGGUAUGACACUGCAGCCCCAGCCUUACCUCGUCUGUGCUGACCGGCGCUGAAAGGGCCUAGACUUUUAAGGAGUAAGGAUAUGUGUUUGCCUUAGGCCAAAUCUUGUGUAAUCUAAUCAGCAUAAUCUUUAGAAAAAAGUCACAGUAUCAAAAAGCCAAACAAAUGUGUCAUUAGAAAGAGCAAUAACGAACGCUAACUAUGGUUUCUUUUGUGAGGAACAUGAAGGUGCAAGUGACAGAUGUUGCAUAAGAUGCUCAGAAGGUCUGUGGAAUAUGGAUUUAACCUUAGUCCUGCCCCAUCUAUUGAAUACUUUCAGGUUUCUAAAUUAUAAAAAUGUUUUUGCAUCUCUGAUGUAUUAAGAUUUCUUCAGUUUCAGGGAAAGAGAAUCCUAUGCAAAUUUGCUUAAAUAAUCAAAGGAAACUUGGAGGUAAUAUGGAAGUUUUAGAGUUAGUAUAGCCCAGAUGCUUCAUGAUAUAAUCAAAGGUCCUGUAUCUUCCCAUUCUUCAGUUUUGCCUGCCAGAUGGUAUCAGCUUUGUCUUAGGCCCAGCUUAUGGAGGAGUGCAUGUGUUUUCCCCUCCUGCAUGCACAGUGAACUAAUUGAGAUUGUUUCUGAGACAGCACGUUAAGCUUUCCUUAUACCCUCCAGAACACUGUUACUUGUGUCCCAGAGGGUCCUAUCUGAGUCACAUGCCCAUACAUGAACUUAAACCUAUGUUUUGUGAGUGGAAUUGGUGGUUUACUUAGGCCUAAAUAUGUGCCUACUAGAACUAAUGGAAUUGACUUCCUGUCAAAGUGCAUGUCCUAUAUAGGAGUGGCAUAAACAAAAAUCAGGAUAAUUAUGAAGAGAAGAAUUCUAAGUCAAAGACCAUUUAUAAUACCUACCUUACUUGCUUCUACCUGCUUUCCAGCCUACCUUUGUGAAUCUUGACAGAUGUACUCAUAGAUCUUUAAUAUUUGUCCUUUCUUUGGCACAGCAAAUCUUUUAUCCCUGGACCUCUCCCUUAGUAUCAUACUGCAUAUAAACAGUAAGCCUAAAUUGAACUCCCGGAAUUUCAAAGGCUUGGCAGUCCUACUAAGCAGUGUAGCUUUGUGUACUGAAGUAGACUGUAAGAAAAGUUGAGGAAUCCUUAUUUGUGCCAUAUGUUUAAUUUAAAACUGACAAGUAUUAGAAAGUUAAGCAUAUGCUAUGGUUUAUAUGCAGAUGUUCCCCAAGAAUGUACUCAGAGGUAGGGCCUUUGAAGGGUAAUUGAAUCAUGGGAGUAAUAUAGCUAAAAGUGGUAUUAGGAGAUAGGCCCUGGUUGAAGAGGUAGCUCACUGGGGCCAUGAUCUGUAAGGAUGUCUCCCUCCCUUGCUUGUUCCUUUUCUGUCUAUUACCCAGUUGUCCUGACAUGAGAUUUCUUCCCAGACCAUUCUUCCAUGAUGUUGUAUGUUGAAGCCUGAACAUGAACUGAAACUUACCAAAUAAACCUCUUUUUUUUAAUUGUA